CUCUUACAUUUCGUUUCAGUAAGCUAUUAUAUACAUUUUCGUAAUGAAGUUGACCAAGCACCAGCUGAAGAUAAUUCCAAUCAUUCAACGGAAAUACAACGUGUCUAUCGCAUUUCUGAAGUCUAAUUUGGCCAACAUUGAAAAAUUUCUUUGGUAUGCUUUGAGCCCCCGAUUGGUCAUCAAGCGCAUUGCUAUUCGAAAAUGCAAUAAACCUCGUGUCAUAUUAAAUUAUUACCAUUUGAGGAGGGUGUUGUUUGAUCAAGCGGAACGCAAAGUAAUCAAAACCCGUAGGCGGAAUGUUCAGCAGUGGUCUCGGCAGAUGGUUUGCUACUUGCGUAAAAAAUACGGCACUAAGGAGCACAUUGAAAUAACAUCGCUGGGCGAUAAUUUAGAUGUUAUAGAUACUUCUAAGAAAUUAACUCCCAGAGGUGGAAACAUGGCCCCUGAGGAAGUAAGCAAACAACUAAAAGAGCAGCUAGAACUACUUCGCAGUGGAAAACGCAUAGUGCCACUCAUGGAAAGGGAAAAUAAAUCAGCUGAAAAUGAGAUCAUCGACACAGAUUCUACACAGAAAGCGAGGGGUAAUCUAUUAGAGGAAAAUCCCAACUUCACUCCAAGUGCAGCAAAAUGUAGCACUAAACAUACCAGAGAAGAUGUGAUCAAUGAAUGUAGUCAUACUACAACUGAAGUAUUAAAUAAGACUGAGGGCGUUGUCCAAAGCACUUUGGAGACAACACCGGAAAAACAAAUAAUAGGGAGGGUCGAUACUCGAUUAGAGCAACCAAAGCAUAGCUAUAAGGCAGAUAGAAAUAUUGAUGUUGACGGUGAGACUGUUGAACUAUCUCCAACUGAUGGUACAAAAGCGGCAUCUCGACCCGAAAUAUAUCAGCACUGUUCGGAUAAAUCAACGUCAAAACCGUUAAGCAGCAAUAGUAAUUUUUUGGAUAUGCUCAUGAAUAAGGUGCGUGGGAAAAGGACCUUAAACGACACUUCCACUGACUCUACUACACCUCCGUCUAGAUAUCCAGGUAGCAGAUCUCCAGAACGUAGUUUUGAUAAAAGUCUUGAAAACAACGACCAUUUCACAGAUUCAGGCGAAGAGUUCUUCGGCUUCGAUGAAACAGAGCGCUUGCCCGGGAUGAUGCUAACCCCCGUUGUACCAUUUUCAGCCCAGUCCAAAGGUAACGCAAAUGCCGCCUUUGUCAGUGAAUCGCUUAAUGAGUUCAUGCGUGAGAACUUGCUAGAAAGUAGCAACUGUGUGGCCGAUAGCAUUGAAAACGCAGCAGGACGAAAGCAUCGGCAGGCCACACUGGAUGGAUUGGUUACUCCCGAUUGUAUUCCUCCCCGUAUAGACAUGCCCCUUGUGCCGGAGAGUUUGCAAAAACUAAGGACGGUCGCAGAGCGACGUCAAUAUCUGCAGAAAUUCAACCGAAAUCAUAAGCUAUCUAUCAUCAAUAAUGAAGCGGCCAUUUGUCGUGAGUUGCAAAGAAAAAUGAGACACCAAAAAUCAAAGAGCGUGUCACAGCAGUUGUUGCAAGCCCCAAACUCGCAAAUGCCAUUCACUCGGCAGGGUUGGCAAGCGGCUUCCUUCGUUACCACAGAAUUCAAUCAUUACUAUUAUCAAACCUUAGAUGUGAGUGAUGGUCAGGAGAGAGAGCGUGUGCGACUUCCAGGUGUGCGCGGUAAUAAUGAAGAACGCGACAAGCAAUCUUACCAUAGUCGGGUGCCGAGCAAUGUUUUAACACGAGAAUGUAAAAGAAAUAAUUGUAGCGAUGCUUUAGUGUGGCGCGACUUGAAACCGCUAAAAACGGAGCCCGACAAGAAGAAGCUUAAUAAGUCACCACUGCCAAGUGUAUUCAAGCCUUGCCCACUAUCACACAAGCCUUUUCAAAAACCAUUAGAUGAUGAGACAACGCCCCUAUUGUUAGGUGGCGGUAGCAUGGCGGUGGUGCGUAUGCCGGUUGUAGAAUUGGAAGUUUUUCCAGCACUCGGCAAGCCGUUGCACGAAGUAGCUAGACGCUACCUGGAGUACAUACUUCCGAACUGCGACAUAACGCGCGAGUGGGCCGAGUUUAGUGUGUCUACAUUACAACAAUCUGCAGAUUACAAUCAAAAGGAAACCCCCUCGAAUCAGACAAAUGAUAAGAUAAUUCUCUCCAACGGCCCGCCGGAAUCUUUUUCGUUUCCCAUUCCAUACCAAAACGAUCGCAGUCAUAUUUUGGUGCGUCGUGUAGUUGAUCGUUCAGAAAAACUUGAUGAGACAUUCGAGACAGCCGCAUCGUGUGUAGAAGACUUCACUUUUCGUACGAAUAUUGACGAACGUGAUAAUGUUUUAGUAGAGUGUGCAGACGUGCUCAGCGAAAUGAUAAACUGUGUUGCCAUAAGUUGCAGUGAGAACUCUUUCAUAAAGAUAGAUCCAGAUGGAUUGCAAGUAGACAACGCAGAGGAAGAUAUUAAGUACGAUAAGACAGUUGAUAAGUGGUCUCCUAAAGAUGAUAAAAUUGCUAACAACAAAAUGGCGACCGACGAUUCCAAACAGGGCAAUCAAGCAGCUGCGCAUAAAAAACAAAAUCGUCUUUUACUGGAACUGCGACGUCUAAACGCAACAAUAAUAGAUGCGGCUGUUAAAGCUGAAAAAGGAGCGAAGCCUUGUACGAAAGAAUACUGUGCUCUUGGUUGUGUCUGCAAGAGUCUCGCAGACGACUAUCCUUUACGCCAACAUUGUGGGAAAUCUAAGUGCGUCAUAGAAUGUACAUGCAAAGGAACAAAUCAAUCUCGUAUAAUGCGCCUAGAGACAGAUGGGCGUUCGAUCACCACCGAAGACGCAUUUAUGCUACGUAGAAAGGCUACUGCACGACUAGCACGUAUGGAAAAAGAGUUCACAUCCACUAUUGUCUUGACAGAAAAUGAGACUCUUCUCAUAAAUGAGUCGCAAUAUGAUAAGAAGAGGCGGUGCACGAAAGCUCCGAAACGCUACGAAGACUUUGCCGAUACUGACGACGACUAUAUAGGACGAUCCGCGGCGAUCAUACCACCAAAUAAAUCCCAAAAUGCUGCUGUAGUGUCAAUUGAAGCAGCCACGGAAUCGUCGCCGAAUUCUGGUUUCUCAGAAACCACUACUGAGCUUCGCGAACCUAUUUAUGUCAGGGAUAAAGAGUUGGAACAACUUAAGCAUUGUACUAUUCCAUUGGUUCGUUUUGCAAGUACCCAAAAUAUGGCAGUGUGGUGUAUGGUUCAUGAGUUAUAUAAAUGCUAUUGUGGUGGACGUGCCACAGAUGGAAAACCACUCGUCAUUGAAAAGGAUUCCGGUGGCCAUACAACUACUAGUAACGACCAAGCUAGUUUAGGAAGUAAGCAAAAUGUGCUGGCGGAAGAGGAAUAUUCAUUUUCGUCAACAAAGGCGCGAUAUUCAUUCGAAAAAGUGGAGGAAGAGGUAGAAGAAGAAGAGGAGGAGAACCAGGAGCAAAAUAGAAGUAAUAAAAAACAAACAGAAAAAAGAAAAAGUACUGACCGUAAAACUCAAGGCAGUGUUGUUAAAUAUAUUAGCUCAGAUGAUGAAAGGAGUGAAAGUGAUAGGGGAGAAGAUGUGUCGGAAGAUUCACUCUGUUCAGACUUUGAGGCAGAAAAUCCCCGAGCGAAGAGACCAAAGCUUCUAACGAAACGUCAAGAAAGGCGUGGUCGUCCAAGUGAAAUAAACUUUAUUAAUAAAUAUUUUAACACUGAAACUGAUUCAUGUCGGCGGGUGGUUGUGGUUCCUCGAAAAACCUACCUGCGUUUAAAUCGCAAGCGGCGUGCGGAAGUCCAAGAUUUCAAAGCUAAGCACGAAAGCAAACAAACUAUGUUGUUGUUGAACGAACACAUAUUACGUUCAGUUUAUUACCAUAAGCACGAAGUCGAGAAGCAGCGAAAAGAAGCAACACAGGAAGCGCUAGCUCAAUUCAAUAAAAAACGAAAACUCCAAGAAGGAGACAUCUCGGAAGUAGCUGAUGGGCCCAAAAAAGAAUUGUAUAAAGAAAAAACAGAACCGGUGAGAAAGAAGACAUUGAAUGACAAAGAUAGACAAAUUGUAGAAUUAACUGAUGAGGACUCAUGUCAAUCUUCUCGUUCGUCGUUGCUUUCAAUGUCGUCGAGUAAACCAACAUCUCAUAGAAGACUACGCAAAAGAAGUCGCCAGCAAGAAAAAAGUAACAGUAAUACUGAUCGCUGUAGCGCAGAGUUCGAAAGCAACGUUUUAGUAGAAGACAAUAGUUUGUCCGAUUUAACAGCAUCCGCUAAAUCCAACCGUAAUGGGCCGUCUGAAAACACGAUAAAAAAUUUGGAGGAUGAAACGAAAUCACUAGACAUUCAAAAGAAUCACAAUACUAACGACUUAGUUAUCAGCGAUGAUGCAGAACCGUCGGGAUCAUCCAUUUCUGGCUAUACAGGCGCAGAUGAGCCUGCCACAGAUAUCAGUUCGGUUGCGACAGAGUGCUCAGCCGAACUCUCCCUAAAUAUGCAACCUUCGUCUUCACUUUCGCAUUCGCGAAUAGAUUUCUUUAGAGAUGUGGUGCGAAGCAUGAAUAGCUUGGUGAAUAAGAAGAUGCAGGAUAUUGGCUUAGCAUUGAAGCGUGAGAGCAAGGUUAUUCCUGCCCCUAAUAAUGAAAUAUUGUGCAUCAUCAAAUGGUCCAACUUUUUGGAUGCCUUUAAUGAAGGUUUUGUUUUCAUAUGGCAAGUAAAGCUACGAGAUGACCAAACAUUCUUCGCGGCAACUAUCAGCAACAUGAUGCCUAUGGUACUGGACGCUGUGGGUGUCAUAAAUAUUGCAGCAUUGCCAAUACCGCAGCUACCUUUGCUGGGUCGCAUGCUGCUACAACGUUGCCGCAGUAAUCAAACUCGUGAUUUGGCGAUUGUAAUGCAGGGUCGGGCGAAGUACUGGCUUGUUAAGGGUUUCUUGCGUGCUGAUAAGUCUAGCGCUUGUGCCAAGCCAACGCCAAAAUCUCACCCUUUGCUUACGCGUAAAAUCAAUGUACUAUCCAGUUUGUUGGCCAAACAGCAUAUUCGUGAACUUAAUAAAAAAGUCGUACAAAAACAGAACGAGCAGCUGCGAGAAACGCCAGAUGCAGAAAAAAGCAAUUCAACCGUUUCAGCCCAAAACAGCAGCAAAGUGCAACCAUCUCUUCCAUCGCCAGUUCUUCGCGAACAAAAAGUAUCUGCAAAUAUUAGUAAUAACAACAGUAAAAGCACUUGCGAUAUGCUUAACGCAAAACAAGGAUCAAGUGGAAGAAAAACGCAACAGCAAAAUAAACUCCAGCCACCGAUAGUGCGCUGCCCUGUGCCGCCUAGUACAAUAAGCAGCAGUACAUUGACUACAAUUGAUAAAUCAAAAUCGUAUACUGGGUUAUCGAAGUUGCAGGAACUAAUUGGAAGUAGUCACUAUACGGAAAUGAAGACAAACAUUACUUUUCGGAACCUUACUUCGCUUGAUAUUAAUGAUCUGGAUGGGCUAGACGUGACAUCUGAGCCACAUCGUUGGCUUGUACUUGAUCUUUAUAAAGACUUUUCGCAUAUAUAUGUUCCAGACUUUCAAGAACUAGUGUCUCUCGAUCGCAUUCAGAAAGUGAUGACCUUCAGUAGACAAAAGCAAAAGAUUGUCAAAUUGCAAUUCUUCCAAAACGCCGCCUAUGAUGCGUUCGUAACUCCGACUUCUCAACGUAAAAUUUAUUUUGGUCCUUUAAAACUUAAUACGCCCCCACCAUUGUUGAUUUUGUUACAAAGCGUCGACGGAAAGAUGGUGUUGCGAGAAUCAUAUCAACAAAUGCACAAUAUACAAGCGGAUUCAAACGACAGUACCUCAGCUUUUUGGUUAAUCCGGAAGAAUGGCCAGGUUCAUCCUGAGUUGGAAUUGCCUGGCAACACCGAAGGAGUCAUUCCGGUUGAAGAGGAGCCAAUCGGCGAGAUACAUCCGUCAAAAGCCAAACAACAGUCCAAUUUUUCAGAAUCUGAUGAUGAUUGCAUGAUUGUAGAGAAAGAGGAAUCUUUGGUGCCAUUUUCACCAAUUGUGCCACUGUCGCAACCAAAUAUUACAUUGAAGUCUUUAUCGGACUUACAAACAGAGUCCAAUCAGCCUGCAUUGGCACGUCAGCUAACCAACUUCACUAUUCAGAAGAGCGCUAAUUCCAAUCGGUUGCAAAUAACAAAUAAUGGAACCACGGCCGAAGCGCCAACCUCGCUGUUUCAAAAUUUACCGAAUACCACUGAAGGGGAUGUAAUACCCCCAACGCAAAUCCCAAUAAUACCAAUGAAAUUGCCCCUGAACACUCAAUUUGUGCCGCUAUCAGGCGCUGCUCCUUCACAACAAAUAGUUCCAAUGCUAGACGAACAGCCCGCCCCUAUUUUAUGUGGUCUUCCACCUAACGCUGUUAUCACAGGUGUAACACCGGCGCCACAAGAAGCGCCAUACGCCACGACAAUAUUUAUUUCCAGUCUGUCCUCAACUGCGUCAACUGUUACUGGCAGCACACAGCUUCAUGAUAAACAAGUUACAGCCAUUACACAGCCUAGCACUACUGUUUCCUCUGCCUCCGUUUUCUCUCAUAACAUUGCGAAUACUAACAGCACUGCUAUAACCGGUACAUUUGGCACAACGUCUAAUGUCAGGUUCCUUACUCCGGAUGUAAGAGUUACUGCUACCGCAGAUUCUCCUGCCACUGCUAAUUCCUCCGCGUCUCCUACUUUGGCUACAAUUUGCAAUGUUAAUCCCACCAUAUUUUCCAAACCAACGGCUCAGCAGCAGGGCAAUGCAUUGCUUGAGCAUUCGAGCGGUUUGUCAACUCAGUCGACCAUUACAUCAAAUGAUCACUCCGUCACAGAGCAGCAGCAAUUACCGACGGAUGAUAAAAAUUCUACGAACACAUCAACGGUCGCUUGGAAACGAUUUAUGUUGGAUGAAAACUCUAAGUCAUCGACUAUUGGCUCUACAACAAUUACGAAAAUGGCUGAAAAAGUCGAGUCUCCAACUAGAAUUGGAGUAGCUACUAAACCGCUAAUAACGCCAACGAGUCUUGAAGAAAGUGAAUUUGAGCCAGUUGCCUCGAUCGUUUUUAAGCCGGAAGCAGUGUUAACUUCUAAAGAGGCUAAAAAUUCAUAUCCUCUUAUGACAAACAUUGUACCAACACAUGGUACGCUUAAUUUAACAACAAAUACAGCAUCGGAAACUACAACCACAAUUACUUCCACCACAAAAGCUGCGAGCUCGAAAGCAGUACCGCUUGCAUUAUCACAGCCUAUACCCCUUAGAAAGGUCACGUCUUCUGUAUCAAAAACAGCCCCGACUGGAACAAAGUCCGAGGUUACUUCUCAUAAAUUGUCUCCAGUGAAAGAACCACCUAAAGAGCGACAUAUCAUGCCCAAAAAAAGUAUUGCGAAAUUUGCUCCGUUUUCGUAUGGAACAAGUGCGAAGAUAACCACAAAUAAUACUACUAAAAUAAAUUCCACAGAUGCAAUGUCAAAAACUCAAAAUACAACGAUCUCAAUAUCAAAUAACUUUAUCCAAUCAUUCGUUCAGCAGCUUAAAAUUCCGUCACAACCGUUAAGGCCACUUACUGCACCAUCUUUCGGAGCUCGCCUGUCGUUACCGUCUUCAACUCAUAUCAGCUCAACGACAGCAACCACCUCUCAAGUGAUAAAUGCCAAUAGCGUGUCCACACCUAAGCCGCUAAUAAGUGUUAGGCCUGCAGUUCCAAUACCACAACGUAUGGGCACUGGAAAUUCUGCAACGCAACGCCGUAGCGACUCUGCACUUUUGGGGCCUAGCAUCGUUAAUAUGAAAGGAGGUGCCGUAAUGACGACGAGAACGGUACCAGCACAAUACACUGUUUCGCAAAACAUCCCAUCAACCACAAGUACAACUUUGAUAUCUCGUCCAGCUACAGCUACAAUUGUGACGCCAAAGCCUAGAGCGACGGUUAACGCCAAUACAACAUUCAAAUCGGGAGCAUGUAAAGCAGACGAACAGUACGGUAUAUUUUGUUCUGGCUCAAUCGAUAGUUCGCCCAGAUUUUGGGCAAAACGCGUAAAAAAUUCUUACAUUAUUAAGGUCCCUGGCUUAAGCACUGUUGUGCAUCGUACCGACUUGGAAAGCGUUAACACAUAUCUGAAUCAGCACCUUAUGAGGCAGAGCCCUGCUAUGAAAUCAAAGCUUCCGGUUAAGUGGAAGUUUGUGCCAUCAGAUCAGUUGAAUCUACCAAUUAAAAUGUUGACUUCUAAUAGGGAUGGCAGCACUACUGAGAAAUUUCUUGUGCGACGAGUAAAAGCGGCAGAAAAUGAUUCAUCUGCAACGAAAGGUGUAUCUUCAAGCCCUGUUUAUAAUUUUUUGAAGGACGUUGCGAAAGUUCCUGCUUCCACGCCGGACACAAAAUGUACCGAACCAAUUUUAAUCGAAGACUAAAUAUAAUAAAUAAAUAAAGGUCUCGUUUUGUAUCGAAAUAUGUAGUUAACCAAUAUUUUAUAUGUAUUUAUAUGGCUCUUCAAUAAGAAUAUCUACUUUCGUUAAUAUCGAAUGUAACCUUUUAACUUAUUAUUAUAAAUCCUAGGUUAUGUGUUGUAUAUUCCGAAAUAGUUGUAGUCGCCUUGUACUGUUAAGGUUUGUUAAACUUACUAAAUUUUAAGGCACAGUGCUUUGUUAGUUAUUCUUUUGUAAUAAUUUGUAUGAGAAGCAUUGAUCCAUGCGUAUAUGCCGUUUAAGCAGAUAUUUGUUUGCUUAUUUACCUGCAUAUGAGUUUGCCGACAUGGGUGUAUAAGCAAAAAAGGAAGCGUAGCAAAUAAAACACGAGUUAUAAAAAUUAUCUGUA